AUGGACCCUCAAGACCGUUACGGCUAUGAAGAAGCGCUGUCUGCAAGGAUGGUGUUCUACCUCCCAGACCCAGACCCAAUCCUGAAGCACCAGAUAUCCACCGUGCACUUAGAUGAGCAGGGCGUUCACGGACACAGCCUAAGUGGUGGGGUGCUGUUCGAGAUUCAGCAAAGUCGUUUGCCGGCUGACCUGUUCACUGCUGGAAUGCUGUUGGAGCUGAUUUCAGAGGAGCUUGGGUGCGAGGCCGGAGUUCUGCUCCGUGAUGGCAGCGAGCUAUCAACGUCCGACCCUGUCGGUGGAGAAGGGGUUCUAACACUGAAGCAGACAAUUCGAGACUGUCGACCCGUCCUGUGCCGAAAGAUCGAUUGCGACGGCGAUCCCUGUUUAGGGGAAGGGGAGGUUCGCCCAGACCUCAGCCAUGUCACGGAACCCGUCCAGGCACUAAAGGAGUGGCGAGAGUGGGUGACAAGCUUAGACUACGAAGAUGCACCUCAUCAGGAGGAGUGUUGGCUGGUCUAUACCAAACGCGAAGUCGUGUCCUAUGCAGCAGGCAGAGAUGAGCCGUUGAAGCCGCUUGGAUAUUUCCCUCAGGCACCUCGUUGGAAGCUCCCGGCAGGAACAAGGCAGUGGGGAGGUGAAAGAAGUGAUGUCUGGAGUACUUGUCUCAAGUUGCCUGUGAGACAACUAUUGGAUGAGCACGCAGCCUUAACGCUCGACAGGCCGAUACCUCGCUACCAGAUGAUCGUGGACCCCAAUCAGUUUGUUCACCAGACACGCGACGGUCCCGUGUGGGUUCCGUGCGAGUUUGAUAUUUCUACAGAUGGCGCUGUGUCAUUGGUGGGUGGUAUGCGGAGUCAUCCGUAUCCACAGCUUGCCCAGCAUGUUGCCCGUCCGGUCCUCUCUGCAGCUCUGCCCUUGUUGGCGAAAUUGCGGCGACCGCAGCUUCUCCUGGAUGAUCGGCGGCUGCAAGUUGUGUUUAAGGCGCAGCGUAUAAUUGUUCCAGGAAAUGCUGGUGACAACUCGGAUGCAGAGUACGUCGGUCUGUGGCACGUCGAUGGCCACAGGGAAAACGUAGCUGCUGUCGUCUUGUACUACUACCAUGUUGACUCUUCUCUUCGUGGUGGUGAUAUGGAGUUUUGUGGCCGUGAGCCCAUGGAUGUUUUGGGCUUCGGCGAUUGCAGCAACAACAUCGGUGGUUUGGGAUCGAGGUCCCUUCGGCAGGCCUUGCGAGGUGCAAGCCAGAGUGACAACUCUUCAGCAGUGCACAACUGUCGGGUUCCAAUUGCUGAUGGCACUCUCCUGGCGUUUUCGAACUACCAAAUGGCGCACCGGGUUCUGAGGCUAAAAAACACCGGUUCGACAGAGGCCUCGCGCGACUUUGUGGCACUUUUUGUCCUAGACCCAUCCGCACCGGCCCUCCUGCCCGCAAGAAGCAUUCUGGCGGCACCGCACUUGCUGAGACGCACCCUGGCUCCCGUACAGAUUUCAGAGUCAGCCAUCCAGAACGUGCUGGAGUUCCUGGGAGAGUCGCAAACCGACGAAGUGCGGAAGAUACAGCGCAAUCGGCUACUGUCAGAGCAGUUGAAGCCAUCCGGUGAGUUUGCUUGUGGGGGGAAUGUUUAUGCCACCGGGAAUGGAUGCUAUACCAUGAUCGGGUGGCUGCACAACAUGCUCGAGGACAGGAGGGGAGGCCGAGCUUACGAGAGUAUGAACCCGGAAGGCUUCGCGCGCCUGGCGGCGCUGAAUCUGCCUCCCGAGGGCUCCGACCGCGGCCUCUCCGAGGUGCUCUCGCUGCCUACAUCAAAGCUGGACGGAAGGCUCAGACAAGUUUCCCCUGACUAG